UUGCUGUGGCAGUCGCUUGAAAGGGCAGCAUAUUUGUUAUACUUAAUUGCAAUAUUUAAUGGUGCAUGUAAUGCUUGCUUGCAAAUUGGCCUAAACAGCACGGUUGGUCUUUUAUUCAUGGAUAAAAACGAAGUGGCAUUUGGCAGCUUGAAAGUAUGGCAAAGUAUGGCUAUAACUGUAACAUUUAUAUACAGCCCAUUCCUUUGUAUGGACAUCAAAGUGUACAUUAUGUUUGGGGUACUUGCUGUAGGGGCAGUUUGUGCUAUAGUUCUAGAAGUGAUAUGCAGACGAGAACAACACUCUUUAUACAAAGCGUUUUGAUCAAGCAAGCUGUGUGUUAUCACCGUAGAAAUAGGGUAGUUAAGCAAGCACUGUUUUGAAGAACGUUUACGUGAAAAAUCAUGGUCCCCUUUGGUA